AUGAGUGCUCUCGAGAAAAUGGAAAAUGUCAGGCCAAAUGGACUUGGUGUACGGCAUGUACAAACAUUGUUGUUAUUUUUUGGUAUGCUACUGGCUUUUACAAUGAGAGUGAACAUGAGCAUAGCCAUCGUGGCAAUGACAGCCAACUCCACGGGUAAUGUUACAGAAAAUUAUUCCAUCAUACUGUCAUCGUUCUUCUGGGGCUACGUGGUCCUUCAAAUACCGGCCGGUGCUAUGGCGAGACGCUGCGGUGGGAAAGUGCUCAUCACCAUUUCUCUCUUCGUCAACUCUUUGACAUCAGUUUUCAUACCUGUAGCCGCUAAAUGUGGUGGCUGGCAACUGGUCUGUGCUUGCCGUAUAUUACAAGGACUGACUCAGGCAUUCGUGUACCCCUGCAUGCACCAUCUGAUCAGUCAGUGGGUGCCAUUGGAGGAGAAAGGCGGCCAAUUAGGUAUUGCCAUCCAGUUACUAGUGGGAGGCCUAAUCGCCUCUGCCUUGGGCUGGCCUGCUAUUUUUUAUAUUAACGGUUCAUUAGGAGCAAUAUGGAUAGUGGCGUAUCUCUUACUCGGAUCAGCUACUCCUGAGCAGUCUAAGUUUAUAUCUGAAGACGAGUUGAUUUACAUUCAAAGGUCUUUAGGAAGAGUCGGGGAACAGAAACACUAUGCCGUGCCGUGGAAGAAGAUCAUGACCUGCGUUCCUUUCUGGGCCGUCAUAGUGGCACACUGCGGUCAAAACUGGGGCUUCUUCACUCUGAUGACUGAGAUGCCAUCCUACAUGAGCAAAGUUCUUGGCUUUGAACUUAAAAGCUUGGUGCACAUCGAUUUGGCUCCUAACUUCAGCGCUAUCCUGAUGGGCAUCACCAACUUCUUAGCCAACAUUGUCUCCAUCAUCGCUCCACUUGUGUGUGGCUUUAUUGUCACCGAUGAAACAGAUCCAGUUGAAUGGCGUAAAGUUUUCUUCGUCGCUUCAGGCGUGUAUUUCUUUAGUAAUCUAUUCUUCAUAAUUUUCUCAUCCUCUGAGAAACAAUCUUGGAAUGAACCGAAGGAAGCCGAUGUUGGUACGUAG